AGGAAGUACAUAUAAAUAAUGCAGCACCCUGCUGAAAAGUACUUUUAACAAGACGCGUUUGGUGUGGACUUAAAGAAGGCCAUCUCGACAGAUGUGCACGGCUCCAUAAUCAUCCUGUGGGCAGGGCAGUAGCUGGCAGCAGCUGGCACCGCACGGACCAAAAUGACCUGGAUGUGAAACUGCAUCAGCGCCCGCAUCUCGCAACGAAUUCUCAGAUUGACAUGUUUUCGGCAGCAAGCAGCUGACUUAUAGAUUUUAAAUUUACAGUAAUUUCCAACUUACUUCCAGACAAAUAUGGACAAACGCAAGGGCGCAGGUUUUUCAGACUGCAGAGAGUGUGGAGAAUGAAAAUGUGCGGAGAAGAGCACGACGAGUUCUGUUAUUGGCCAGUAGUGUUAGCCUGUGUUAGCCCAGCUAGCUGUUAGUCAACCUCAAAUUAGUGGGCUGAGUUGCUAAGCCAACUCAGCCCACUAAUUUAAAUUGGCUCAUUAUUUAAUUGGACUAUGACUUUUAUUUUAGCACAUUUACUGAGCUAGCCUGCUAGCAGUCCACCGAAGAGCUUUGAACUCUAUGGUUUUAGUGCAUCUGUUAGCCACAUAGGUAAUAUUACAUAGCUUUACUUCUGUUUGCCUGUCAACAAAUAGAGAGCCAUGGCCCAAGAGGCGUAUCCCCUGCAUUUUCUGGUUUGGAACAAUCAGUUCAUGGAGCUUGACCGGGAAUUGCAGAAAAAAGAGCACAACGUGGAGCGGCUUGACACGCGGGGGCGCACCCCUCUGGAGCUGGCAGUGAGUCUGGGCCACCUGGAGUCCGCCCGAGUCCUGCUCCGACACUCCGCGGACCCAACACACGUCGGUGCGCAGGGCUGGGCCAUCUUGCAGGAGGCAGUUAGCACUGGAGACCCAGAACUAGUUCAGCUCAUUCUUCAGUACCGAGAUUUUAAACGUGCUACAGAGAGGCUGGCUGGCAUCCCAGAACUGCUCAGCAAACUUAGACAGGCACGAGAUUUUUAUGUAGAAAUGAAGUGGGAGUUCACAAGUUGGGUGCCUUUAGUGUCAAAGGUCUGUCCUAGUGAUGUUUACCGUGUGUGGAAAAGUGGAUCGUGCCUUCGUGUGGACACUACUCUUUUGGGCUUUGAGCACAUGACAUGGCUGAAAGGCCGGCGGAGCUACAUCUUUAAGGGCGGAGAUGAUGGUGCAGUGGUGAUGGAGGUGGACCAUGAGAAACAGGUGGUGUACACAGAGCCACUGGUGCUCUCCCCUCGAGAUGCGCCGUCUCUUCUUGCAGCCAUGCAGCCUUCACAGGAAAACACCGCCCAGAGACUGACAUCCCCAAUUGUCUCCACACAUCUCAAUACUCGCAACAUUGCCUUUGAGCGGAACAAAUCUGGAAUUUGGGGCUGGCGUUCUGAGAAGACUGAAGUUGUCAGUGGUUAUGAAGCCAAGGUUUACAGUGCUACUAAUGUGGAGCUGGUCACUCGGUCAAGGACAGAGCAUUUGUCAGACCAAGACAAAUCAAGAAGCAAAGGUUCAAAGACGCCUUUGCAAUCAUUCUUAGGUAUAGCUGAACAGCACACAGCUCAUAAUGGAAGUAAUGUGUCCCAGUGUGCCAGUCCUCACAACCCUACAGCCAUCACUGCAGAGGAAUACUUCAACCCAGAGUUCAAUCUGAAUGGGCGAGACAUUGGACGACCCAUUGAGCUUACCAGCAAAGUCCAAAGGUUCAAAGCGACACUCUGGCUGAGUGAGACUCACCCUUUGUCCCUGGCAGAGCAGGUGACCCCCAUUAUUGACCUCAUGGCCAUUUCAAAUGCCCACUUCGCAAAACUGCGUGACUUCAUCACCCUGCGCCUGCCACCAGGUUUUCCUGUUAAGAUAGAGAUUCCUUUGUUCCAUGUGUUGAAUGCUCGAGUAACCUUCAGUAACUUGUGUGGUUGUGAUGAACCGGUCAGCUCGGUGACACUACACAAACCUGAGAGCUCGGAAGCAGGUCAAGCACCUCCACCCUUUCACUGCGAAGUCGACCCCUCUGUAUUUGAGCCCCCACCAGACUACACCACUCUGGGCCCGGGGCGCAGUGAACCAAUGCGGGAUGAGGAUGACAAUUUGCUACAGUUUGCUAUUCAGCAAAGUCUGUUGGACGCAGGCACAGAGAGUGACCAGGUAACAAUAUGGGAGGCUUUGACCAACAGUCGACCUGUCCCCCAGUCUCCAUCAUAUGAAGAGGACUCUCAGUUGGAGAGGGCAAUCCAAGAGUCCCUGUCGAUCUCUCUGUCUGGUCGAGAAGGGGAUAGCUCUGCAGACUUAAACCAAUCCACUUCAGUGUCACCAGAGGACCCGGGGGCAAACUCCCCUCUGUCUCUGAGCUCUGGGGGAGAUCCGCGGUUGUCAGGGCAGUUUGGUGUGGCAGCAAGCUUCGAUGAGCAGCUGCGACUCGCUAUGGAGCUGUCGUGCAGGGAACAGGAAGAAAUAGACAGGAAGCGUAAGGAAGAAGAGGAGGAACUAGAGAGGAUACUGCAGCUGUCACUCACCGCUGCCCUCUGUGCCGAUGUAGAGGAGAGGCUAGUGAGUCACCUUUUGUCCCCAGAUCGCUACAAUAAACUGAUCAGACCAGCUGUCAACACCAGCCAACAGGUCACCAUCUACAUCCAGGUGUCUCUGGCUCAGCUCAUCAAUGUGGUGAGUGUAUACAAUUUCAAAUUAACCUGCCACAGCCCAUAA